AUGAUGAAAAAUUUGACAAAUUGAUAGCGUGGAUUCGGCAAGUUGAUAUCGGUUUCCAGUAUGCGCAUGUGCAAGGAAUAAUGCAUAGGGAUGAUAACAUAAUAAUCGAUUCUACUGAUCGUGUACGAAUUAUUGACUGGGGUAUAUCAUUUAGAAGAGGCGAGAGCAACCAGAAAUCAUUUAUGGGUAAACCAUUGUUUGCACUACUAUGUAUUUUAUUACUGUAUCCCAGUCAAUCAAAUGUCUCAUAUGAAUAUGAGGAAAAGGAUGAUUUUGAAUCACUGUUUUAUAUGUUAAUUGGGAAAGUCAUCGCUCAGAAGCUUCCUUGGGACUGGACAUCGACUAUGUUUAUAACAUCAAAUACAUGUAUAUGUAUAUUCGGUGCUGGAAAUGAUGGAUAUUAUACGUUUUGA